AUGUUUGUAGUACUGCACAUUGUCGGACUGAUGAGCCUUCCCACCCAAUCAACAUGGUUUGAAGAUUUGAGCAAAGAGUGGGAAGGAGCGACUCUCAGAAACAAUGAAUCUCUUUGCAAUUCUUUGUUCCCUGUGAGAGGUCCAUCUGUUCCUUUAGCACAGUAUAUUCGCUAUGUUGACCAGUACUGGGACAACCUCAAUGCUCUAGGACGUGCUGAUGCAAGUCGUCUUCGGCUGUUGACAUAUGACAUUGUUCUGAUGCUAGCUCGAUUUGCAACUGGGGCAUCAUUUAGUGCAGAAAGCAGAGGUGGUGGCAGGGAAAGCAACUCCAGAUUUCUUCCUUUCAUGAUCCAAAUGGCGCGUCACCUUCUUGAUCAGGGAAACCCAUCUCAGCGUCAUACAAUGGCCAAGUCUGUGUCAACAUAUUUGACAUCUUCUAGCUUAGAUUCUAGACCUUCUACUCCUGAAAAACAACCAUCUCUGGGAUCUGAAGAAACUGUCCAAUUUAUGAUGGUGAAUUCACUUCUCUCGGAAUCUCAUGAAUCCUGGGUGCAACACCGCCGUGCCUUCUUGCAGCGUGGAAUAUACCAUGCCUACAUGCAGCACACGCAUGGCCGGUCAGCAGGUCGCACAUCAUCCAGUUCAUCGCCUUUAGUCAAGAUAGAGUCGGGAAAUACAAGCCAAAGUCCGAGUGCAGAAAUUGGGGGUGCUGAUGAGCUUUUGUCUGUCAUUAGACCAAUGCUCGUCUACACUGGCUUGAUUGAGCAGCUGCAACGUUUCUUCAAGGUACAAAAAUCAGCAAAUCUGUCAUUGACCAGAACAGAAGGUACUUCUACUGCAUCAGAAGGGGAAGAUGACAGUGGAAGUUGGAAGGCUGGGAGGUAG